CGCCGUCUCAGAUCUGCCGUCCUGGUCGGCGGGCCAUGAUGGGCUCUCGUGGCACAGACCGUAGACGCCAUCGGGUUCGCCGUCGAUUGGCGCGCGGACGGCGGGCGUGCGUGAGCCGAUGAUCCGCGGAGGGGUCCCUCCCACCCCCUCGAUGUCUCCAUGAUCGCCACUGUACCCCCUCCCCCCCGUCCCUUCGAUCGCACCCACGCACCGGGCCGGGGGUGGGAAAGGGGAAAAGCAUGGUAAACGAUUAAAAAAAGAAAAAAGGAAAAGAAGAGAAAAAGAAAAGAAAAAGAAAAGACAGUCUCGCGAGGGAAUAAUGUUUCAUCACGAAUCUCAACGGCUUGCCACACAGACACACGGCCGCUGCAGUAGCUGCACCCGCCCCACGGCCCGUCGCCAGUGCGCUGCAGUUUUGUGUUGUUUUUUGUAUCACGAUGCUUGGGGGGGUCUCGCCAUGGGCGGGAUAUAUGUAGGCCGGGUGUGCCUCGUUAUCGUCGGCUGUCCGUCCCCCUCGCACCUGCCAGUUCUUCCUCGAUUGUUUCGUUUCACCGCGCGGCAUCCAAGUCCGCGCCAAUCAGCACCCACGUGCCGGGCGCGAUCAGCUGCCACAGUCAUUCGCAUCCGCGUCGGCAUCCUUUUUUCUCCGCAGCUGGCAGCCCUUUUCGAUCGCAGCCCUUGGCCCCGUCGCUCGCGAGCGUUUUCGAGGAUCGGCAGCCGCUAGCAUCGCCGUUGGCCCAGGCACGGUAGCGAGUAGUUCGAGUAGGUAGGUCAGAUAGCCCGUCGCCCGUCGCUCUCCUGCUAACAAG